CGAAACUGCAACUGGUCUGUCACCGACGGCGCUGCCGCAUCGAAGAGGUCGCGCGUCCACGCUCUGAGCGCGACAACUGCGAAAUGAGGGGCAAUAUGAGUAUGUAGGACGAUGUGGAGGACGGAUGGGGCGAGGGCUAAAAGCCAAAGGUAUGUCUUUCUUGGUCGUGUCUAGUGCUCACCACGCAUCUUCCUUGCCAGUACUAGUGCUAUGCUCACGCAAGAAACCUCAUUCCCUCACUCUGUAUACAGCACUCCCAAUAGAACACUCGACGUCUGACCACUUGCCUACGCCGGUUUCUACUUGCCCGCCGUCUGGCUCACCCACCGGCCGCUUGUAUGUCCUCUUGGCCUCCACUUGCCUCUGCCCGUUCGGUCCGAGUCUUCGAUUUCGCGCGUCCACGAGCUCACCUGCUAAUACUUACACGCGCCUUCUUUAUUGUUCACCCAAGUGCCUACCUAUUCGCGCGAGGCCGCAGACAGCUCGCUCGUCUGGGCCGCGGUCACACGUCCACGUAGUCUCUGUGGCACACCAAAAACGCCAGCAACGCGUCCGCGUCCACGCACGAUCGCUGCCGCUGCACGUCGUGAGAUGCACCAUGGUAAUUGAUUCCUCACUAUCGUGACCUUCGUUACAAUGCUUUUCGUACAAAGACUAGACGCCAUGUACAGGCAACUGCCCUCCCCUUGGCCUCCCCCAUUCAAAGAUGUCGUGUUUAGAGUAUGCCUACAGAUAGAGUACCAUUAGCAGUACACGUUAAUUAGUAUUUGGAGAAUAUAUUCCAAUUUUGCGC